GGUGCUCCCCGCCGGGCGCCCCCGGGUCCGCUGUGUCCCGAGCCCCGCUGCCUGCAGCGGGCGGUGAAAGCCCCGCUCGUCUGACCCGCCCCGUUUCUGUUCGCACAGCAGGACCCCCGGGAGCGGAGCUGAGAUGAUCUCCCACACGGACCAGCAGCAGCUGUGGUUCUCCCACCUCCACACCUACGAGGGGAAGCCGGUUCUGAGUGACACCUGUCCAGCUGGGGACAGGAUUGUGAGCAAGAAAGAGGAAAAUGCCCACCAAGGCAUCCCUGGGCCAGUGGAACCCGAGGGUUUGCUCUCAGGACUCUCCAGAGAGAACAGUUCCCAGAGUCCUGCACAGGACCCAGUCCUCCCACGCAGGUCACAGAGGGUUCAGAGACCUCUGGGAAAGAGGCAAAGCCGAGUGACACUGCGUGGUAAAAGCUUCAGGAGGCUGCCAGAUAUUAUCCAGCAGGGAAACCCUUCUGUGGGGAGGCUGAUGAUAUGUGGAGACUGUGGGAAGAGCUUUCGGGUGAGUUCCAACCUCAUCCAGCAUCGGAGAAUCCACACUGGAGAGAAACCCUUCAACUGUGCCGAUUGCGGGGAGAGUUUCCGUCAGCGGUCGCAUCUCAUCCAGCACCAGAGAAUCCACACAGGGGAGAGGCCCUACGAGUGCUCUGAGUGCGGAAAGAGCUUCAGCGUGAGCUCGAAGCUGAUCCGGCACCAGGUGACUCACACCGGGGAGAAGCCCUACAAGUGUGCCGAGUGUGGAAAGAGCUUCUCCGGGAACUCACAGCUCAUCCAGCAUCAGCGAGUGCACACCGGGGAGAAACCCUAUGAGUGCAGCGACUGCGGGAAGAGCUUCAGCGUAAGCUCAGCCCUGACACGACACCAGCGGGUCCACACCGGAGAGAAACCCUACAAGUGCACGGAGUGUAGGAAGAGCUUCAGCCAGAGCUCCGAGCUCAUGAAGCACCAGCGGAUCCACACUGGCGAGAAGCCGUACGAGUGCUCCGAGUGUGGGAAGAGCUUCACUGUGAGUUCAGCCCUCAUCCAGCACCGGCGGUUCCACAUGGGCGAGCGACCCUACGGGUGCACCGAGUGCGGAAAGAGCUUCACCGUGAGCUCCCACCUCAUCCAGCACCGCCGCUUCCACACUGGGGAGCGCCCCUUCGAGUGCCCCGACUGCGGGAAGAGCUUCCUGUGGAAAUCAGCCCUGCUCCGGCACCACCGGGUGCACACCGGGGAGAGGCCCUACGCCUGCAGUGACUGCGGGGACAGCUUUCGGCAAAGCGCCCACCUCAUCCAGCACCGGCGCAUCCACACUGGGGAGCGUCCCUACGCCUGUGCUGACUGCGGGAAGGGCUUCACUGUGAGCUCUGCGCUCCUCCGGCACCAGCAGAUCCACAGAGGGGGCGAGCCCCAGGAGGGAUUGUCUUAUUUCCAGCACUGACCACCAAUGCCAUCAGCUAUGGAGGGCUCGGAGGGAGGAGAAGGGGAAAUCAUGCGCUAUGAAGAAACAGAAGAUGACAGUGUCAGUCCCACCGACCUGUCAGAGCUGCUGAAGGAGGGGACAAAGGAAUCUCAUGACCGCGCGGAGAACACUCAGUUUGUCAAAGACUUCCUGAAAGGACGGAUCAAGAAGGAGC